AUGGCUCGUUUGAUGGUGACCCCCGUUGUGCUGCUGCUAGUGCUGACGAGCGUAAUCCACUGUGCGCCACAGAAGAAACCGUACGAGAAGCUGUCGGCGCUGAAGGCUCGCGCCGAGCAGCUCGUGGAAGCGUCGAAGGAAAACAACAAGCAGCAACCAGCAGCCGAAGAUCAGCAGCAGUCCGGGGAGAGUGAGGAAACGCUAGAACAGAUUCAAGCCAAAUCGGCCCAGUACGCGUACAACACCUCGGUGAACGAUACGAUCAACGAUCACUCGAUCCAACGCAAGGAGGAACGUAACGGACUCUCGCUGAAGGGUUACUACUCGUACAGCGAUGGAUUCUUCAAGCGUACCGUACACUACGAGGCGGACGAUAAGGGCUAUCGUGUGGUGAAGGAGCUUAGUGUCCCGAUUGGCAAUGGACCGCAAGUCGAUCCGAACGGUAAGGCCGAUGUAUCAUCAUCGCUGACCGGCUCAUACUCCAUCACUGCUGAUGAUAUUGCGAAACCACAACGGAAGACUGCAUCGGAGGAGGAUGAUGAUGAUGAAGCGGCUAGAGCAGCAGAGGACGAAGAAGAAGCCGAAGGCGACAGUGAGGAGCAGUAGGACCAUUUUGGGUCAUUCCAUUCCUUGUACA